AUGGCUUUCAGGAAGCGGUGUCUCCCCGCCGACAACGGCGAGCAGGACGGACCCCCCCCCGCCUGCAAGCAGCAGAUCCGGUCGGACGGCAAGAGACACGUAGCCGCCUUGAUCCUGGCGAGGGGGGGGAGCAAAGGGAUCCCCCUCAAAAACAUCAAAAUGUUAGCCGGGGUGCCCCUCAUCGGGUGGGUGCUGAGGUCGGCUGCGGACUCCAACAUGUUUGACAGUGUGUGGGUGUCGACAGACCACGACGAGAUCGAGAAGGUGGCAAAAUCCUGGGGCGCCAAGGUGCAUCGCAGGAGUCCCGAAGUCUCCAGAGACUCUUCUACGUCACUGGAAACCAUUCAAGAGUUCGUCAGGCUCAACCCAGAGGUGGAUGUGAUAUGUAACAUUCAGGCCACGUCCCCGUGUCUACAUCCGCACCACGUGAAGGAGGCCCUGGAGAUGAUCACGCUGCAGGGCUUUGAUUCGGUCUUCUCGGUGGUCCGGAGGCACCAGUUCCGCUGGCAGGAGGUCAAGCAAGGAUCUGGCGAGAUGACCAAGCCGCUCAACCUGGACCCAGCCAACCGGCCGCGGCGCCAGGACUGGGACGGGGAGCUCUGUGAGAACGGCUCUUUUUACUUCACCACCAAGGACCUCAUCGUGAACGAGGGACUUCUGCAGGGUGGCAAGGUGGGCUACUACGAGAUGCUGCCGGAGUACAGCGUGGACAUAGACGUGGACAUCGACUGGCCCGUGGCAGAACAGAGGGUCCUCAGGUACGGCUACUUCGGUCGGGCCACGCCGGAGGUGGUUCGGCUGAUGUUCUGCAACGUUUCCGGAUGUUUGACCGAAGGAAGGAUCUUUCUGUCUGCGUCCGAAGAGGAGAUGGUGUCUGUUAAUACCAGGGACACCAUGGGCGUCCGGAUGCUGCAGAGGGAGGAAGUGGAGGUGGUGCUGUUGACGUCCAGCGAGGACCCCGUGACCCGGUCGCUGGUCGACAAACUGGCCAAGAGGACGGGCUGCAGAGUCAUCCAGGUGGGAGCGGAGCCGCUGAACGAUUUGAAGCCGGUGGUGGAGCAGAUGAAGCUGGAGUGGAAGGACGUGGCGUACAUGGGCAACGAUAAACCGGACGUCAACUGCCUGAACCUGGCGGGUUUGAGUGCAGUACCCGGGGACGCCCCGGUGGUCGCCAUCAAUGCCGCAAAGUACACCUGCCACAGAGUCGGGGGGAUGGGAGCCGUCCGGGAGUUUGCUGAACACAUUCUCCUCCAGAAAGAAAAAGCAAAGUCUCAGAUGAAGCAGGACCCUAUCAACUGCAGCUGAUUUUUUUUUUUUUUUUUUUUUUUUAAAUGAGAAAUUUUUAACUUGACUCCGCACUGAAAGGUUUUAGAGUUAGUGCAGUUUAUACACAAAUAAUGGAAAUAAUUGAACAAUGCGUAUUUGCAUGAGAAAUGUUAAAAUAUCAUAUGAGGUGCAUAUCUAAUUUAAGGGUUAGAGUUACAGUUAGAAUAAAAAAAAACUAAAAAAACAAAAAAACAAAAAACAGUUUACAUUUGAGUCUCAAUGCAAGUUUUCCUGCGCGUAAUUCAUUUGUCGGCUUUACGACUUGAGAAUCCUGGUUGGUUGUUCUAAAGCAAUUUAACAUUUAAGUGAUGCGGCCAGCCCUUGGUUCACUGUAGCAUUCGGGACCUGAGGGCGAAGUCCGAUGUAAACAACAGGCCCACCACCACACCGAGACCCGAAACACCAGACUGGAAACUGCUACCGGUCUGCUACAAAGAGGACUGAAGCACCUCCACUAGACAACUUUGCAACCUAGGGUUGUUAUUUGUAAACAACUGUAGAACAGAAAUGUAGAUUUACCUGUAACUUAAAUUCCAAUGGGUACAGUCCCUGUGUAUUACUGUGUAUCUUUUUACAGGAGAUAGAGCCUUCAAAUAUUUUAAAAUGCCUUGGUGUUUUAUAUGUAAGGGGGAGCAUUUUAAACCAAGAUAUAAAAAAAUAAUUGAGUCGUCUGCGACUCGUAAACAUCAGACCUUGGCCAAACGUAAAGGCACAGUUACUGAAACACGCUGCUAGAUGUAGCCCUACAUGACCGAAGAAAAUAGGAGCGUUUCCCGAGGCGUCCAGCGACAGCUUUGCCUGUCAUUCCCGUUUGGCGCGGCACCCGGCGGCGGCGUUAAGCCGACUUUGCGGCCGAGUGCCCGCCGCUGCUCGGUAACCUCUCGGUUCUGAAUAGGAGGAGUAAUGGGCAAUUAGUUUGUGACUGCUGGUCAAUAGCCCGGUUUUUAGGGGAACAGCGGGGGAUGGUUUCAUGCGGAGCAGGUCCUGCAUUCGCCCUGUUGUUGAGUCAGUGUAAUGACAACCCGUAUGUGCUGUAUUCAUUGAUCUACAAGGAAUGGAAAUGUGUAAUUCUUUGAUUCUUUGUGCUUAGUACAAUUUUUCCAUUGUUUUUUUUUUUUGUUGUUGUUUUUUUUUUUUCAUCUCACCAAAAGAUGCCUUAAUUAUUGUUUCAUAGGAACCUUUGCUUGUCCUUUAACUCAUCCGUGUCCUUUUAAUUUCGCUCUCUUUAUUUAAAAAAUUGAGCACAAGAAGUGGCUUUGUUGUGUGAAUAAUUUUCAGUGAAGUUGAAGAUGAUUGAAAACCUGAGUUUUAAUUUUUAUUUAUUUUUUUUAAUCUUCAGCAAGAGCAGUGCCAGAGAGGACCGCUCUCAUGUCUGUACUGUAAAUACGAAACUAGAGCCAAGAGACAGUUAUCUUUGUUUAAUCUGUACACGAAGAAGUUGUGGUUUUAAAUAGGACGUUAUCCGCUAGACCUGUUUCUUGGUUUUGACGGUGACUCAGGACUCCUGCAAAGCCAUCAGGAAACAGUUCAGGGAGUCAUUUUUACAUUUUAUGUUUGUAUGCAGAUUAAACACAUUAGACGCAACGUGUCUUUACAGGCGUGUGUACGUGGAUUUACCUUGAAACCGAGAAACUAACCGUCUCCUGGCUGUAGCUUCGUAUUUAGCAUCUUGACAUCGAACUCUUGGCAGGGAAAGCAAAUAAGUGUAUU